AUUUCCCUUUCCCGUUAAAACCCUUUCCACCUUUCCGUUAAUCCUCCGCUCCCUUUCCGUCCAGCGUCGACGGUGUACUGCUUAUCGAACCUACUAUGACUCCCACCCAUUCUCGCCCCUGUCUGCAACCUCUAACCACUGAUACAAAACCCUCUAAAUUGAGGGCUUAGACGCUGUUUCAUCGCCGUCGUCGGCCAAUGGUGGUGAAAAUGAUCAUUUGGUUAGAGAAGACGAGGAGGAAAGGAAGGGAGGCGAAAGGGCCUACUCAUCGGGUUAGGGUUGUUACAAUUUCAAAAUCGAAGCCGGUUUCAUUUCCGGGUACGGUGAUCUCUAGCAAUGGCUCUCAUCUGGCUGUUUACCAGGAAUUUAUAGAACCCGUCCCUGGAAAUCGCAAGGAGGGCAAUUGGAGACUUGGAAGUUCAUUAAUUGAAGAGUCAACAAAUGUCGUGUCAUAAAUGUUUGGGAGUGUAUCAUACUCCAAAAGGGAAAGGGUGAAGUUGAAGGAGUCACUGACAAAGUGACAAUGGAAUAGAUGGAAUAGAGUUAUGUAUGGAAAUUUUGAGCAUUGACUUGAUGACUUAUGUGUGGAAAUUUUGAGCAUUGACUUGAUGACUUAUGUGUGGAAAUUAUUAUUAUUCAUACAUAUUCAUUUCAUCAUAUAUCAAAUGUUUUCCAAGCAAAGCUAAGCAAACCAAACCUAACAGGAAGUUUAAUGUUGUGAGUGUCUCUACAAAGCCACCAUUAGCUGCUAAAAUGGAGUGUUGGGCUUGUAGUAAGCAUAAAUCAUUUCUAUGUUGGCUGUUGAUGUUAAUGAUGAUACAUAUUCUAAUAAUGGCUGAGCAUACACAAGGGGAUUGUGUAGAAGAGGAGAGAAAGGCACUACUGGAAAUCAAAACCUCCUAUAUGAAGUCAUAUGGUUCUGAAAUUGACAAUUUUCUCCCUACCUGGGUUGAUUAUGGCGGUGGUACCCCUGGGGAUGGUGGCAGCAACUGCUGUGAUUGGGAGAGGAUCAACUGCAGCACAACAACGGGUCAUGUGACAAAACUCUCUUUGUACAAUUUAAUAGGGGUGGAAGAUGUUUACAUGGAUAAUGAGAGCAAGUUGUGGCCAUUGAAUGUUUCUUUGUUUCUUCAUUUUAAAGAGUUGACAAGUCUCAAUUUGUCACAUAAUUCUCUUGAUAAAGAGUUCAUGAAGUCAGGGCUUGAAAGGCUGUCGAGUUUGAAGAAGUUGGAGGUACUAGACCUCAGUUUCAAUUUUGAUAUUGAUAACAACAUCCUUCCAUCAUUGAUGACACUCACUUCACUCAAAGUCUUGGAUCUUAGCAACACUAGCUUGAAUGGAAACUUCCCUACCAAUGAAUUUGCUGCUUUAGAGAACUUGGAGGUGUUGGAUCUAAGCUAUUGUGGCUUCAAUGGUACCUUUGAGGUUCAAGGUUCUGAGAGGGUUUCCAGAUUGAGGAAAUUGAAAAGUUUAAAUCUUGCGGGCAACUGGUUUAAUGAAAGCGUUAUAACAUCUCUAAGUAUCCUUUCAUCACUUACAAACUUGGAUCUUAGCAGAAAUCCAAUGUCGGGACCAUUUCCAGCUCUAGAAUUAUCACAUCUCACUAACCUGGAGGAGCUGGAUUUAAGUGAAACAGGGCUCAAUGGCACACCAAAUAUCCAAGAUUGUAAGACCUUAUCGAGAUUGAAAAGGCUGAAGAGUAUAAAUCUAUCAGAUAACAAUUUCAACAAGAGCAUCAUAUCAUGCCUAACUGCCCUCCCAUCCCUCAAGAUUCUUGACCUUACAUCUUCUUUUUCAUGGGGAAGUUCCUUUCCUGUCCAAGAAUUCCUUAAUUUGUCUGAUUUGGAGGUCCUCCUCUUGAGCAGUAAUGGUUUCAAUGGAACAAUACCAAUUGAAGCUUUUGCAUCUUUCCGCCAUCUGGAGGUUUUAGAUUUGAGUGGCAACAGUUUUGUUGGGAGCGUCCCAUCAGCAAUACAGGCAUUAUCAUCCCUAAGAGCUCUCUCAUUUGCUCGCAAUAAGCUCAACGGCUCAUUACCGGAUCAUGGAUUGUGUGAGUUGAAGAACCUCCAUGAGUUGGAUCUUAGCAACAACAUGCUCCAUGGAACUCUGCCUCAGUGUUUGAAAAAUCUAUCAUCUCUUAAGUUGUUGGAUAUUUCUUCAAACCAAUUCUCAGGGAUACUUAAGCCAUCCCUCAUUGCUAAUCUUACAUCUCUCGAGUAUAUUGAUUUUAGUCAUAACAAAUUUGAAGGUUCAUUCUCCUUCAGCUCCUUAUCCAAUCAUAUAAAGCUUGAGGUUGUUCAAUUUAGAAGUUCAAUACACAACAAAAAGGCUCUUUCUCAGCUACAAGGGUGGCAUCCUUGAUUACAUGGCAGGAUUGGAUUUUUCCUGUAACAAACUAUCCGGUGAAAUUCCACAACAACUCGGAUUCUUAACUCAUCUUCGUGCUUUAAACCUGUCUCACAAUCACCUCACUGGACCCAUUCCUGUGAACUUCUCAAAUCUUGCAAAAAUA